UUGGAAAUCACCUCCAAAAUGGCGGCAUGCUUUGAAACUGCAUAAUGUUUAUACUUGUGAGACUGCUGAAAAAGAAAUACACCGAAAUGAUGGAGCUAUAAUGAGACGUAGCCAGGCCCCUAGUCAGAGAGGGGGAAUCAUCUGUAACACACAAAGAAGAACUGAUGAAGGUUUCCCUCAGGUAAAGAGACUUAAGACACUUCACAAGGAUGGAGGAAAUGAUGAGUUGGUCCGGCGUGAGCCCUUGUCCAGCAUCACCAACACGUCCCAUUGUCCAGAUGCCUUUUCUCAUGAGGCCUUUAUUAAGAAAAUUCUUUCCAAACCAUUCAAGGUUCCAAUUCCUAAUUACAAAGGUUCCUCUCUGGGCAGGGCUUUGGGUGUGAGGAGACAAGGAGCCAGACAACCCCUCCAUGACCCUGAUGAUGAAGGAGCGCUCAUUCUCUACACCCCACCAGAACUGAGUGCACAUGAACAGCUCAAAGUCGACAUAGAAAAAAUCCCUGUCCAUGUAGUGGUAGAUCCCAAGCUGUCUGCUGUUUUACGGCCUCAUCAGAGGGAGGGUGUGAAGUUUAUGUAUGACUGUGUGACCGGAGUACAGAUACCAGACAGCUAUGGGUGCAUCAUGGCAGAUGAAAUGGGUCUUGGAAAGACACUGCAGUGUAUCACACUUAUGUGGACUAUACUGAGACAGAGUCCUGACUGUAGGCCUCUUAUUGAUAAGGUUGCCAUUGUCUCCCCAAGUAGCCUUGUCAAGAACUGGGCAAAUGAGAUUCAGAAGUGGUUAGGCACUGUUAUGAACUGUCUGGUGAUCGACUCUGGAUCCAAGGACGACAUUGACCGCAACUUGGACCAUUUUGUGCUGCAAAAAGGGAGGCGUAUCCCAAACCCUGUCCUCAUCAUCUCCUAUGAAACUCUCCGACUGCAUGCUAAAGUCAUGUUAAAGGGCACAAUAGGUCUGGUGAUCUGUGAUGAGGGUCAUCGAUUAAAGAACUGUGAGAACCAGACUUACCAGGCAUUGAACAGUCUGAAGGCCAAACGCCGCAUACUGUUGUCUGGUACUCCUAUACAGAAUGAUCUCCUUGAGUAUUUCAGUCUUAUCCAUUUUGUCAAUGGAGGGAUCCUUGGUACUGCCCAAGAGUUCAAACGGAAGUUUGAGACUCCAAUCCUUCGUGGUCGAGAUGCUGCAUCUUCAGACUUGGAACAUAAGAAGGGCGAGGAAAAACUUUUAGAGUUGGCUGCCAUAGUAAACAAGUGCAUCAUCAGAAGGACACAGGCUUUGCUUACUCAGUAUCUACCUGUCAAAAUUGAGCAGGUUGUCAGUUGUCGCCUGACCCCUCUACAAAAGGACCUAUAUCAACUGCUAGUCAAGUCGAAAGCUGGUGAUCCAGAUAUGGAAAAAGAUGGACGGCCGACUGGCACUAGUCUUUCCUUUAUCACACAACUAAAGAAACUUUGUAACCAUCCUGAUUUGAUAUUUGACAAGUGUAUUGGAGAUGCCGAUGGUUUUGAAGGAUCACUAGACCUCUUCCCGCCUGGAUAUAACCUGAAGGUGGUGCGGCCAGAACUGUCAGGGAAGGUGUUGGUACUAGAUUGUCUGCUGGCCAUGAUUAAGUCGACCACCAGUGAUAAGGUGGUGUUGGUGUCCAACUACACACAGACGCUAGACCUGUUUGAGAAACUCUGUCGACAGAGAGGGUAUAUCUUUGUACGGCUGGAUGGUUCUAUGUCCAUUAAAAAGAGGGCCAAGAUAGUUGAGAAUUUUAAUGAUCCUAAAAGUGCCGUGUUCAUUUUCAUGCUGAGUAGCAAGGCUGGUGGAUGUGGGUUAAACCUGAUCGGUGCAAAUCGACUUGUGAUGUUUGAUCCAGAUUGGAAUCCAGCUAAUGAUGACCAGGCUAUGGCUCGAUGCUGGAGGGAUGGUCAGAAGAAACAAUGUUUUAUAUACAGACUCAUAGCAACGGGUACCAUAGAAGAGAAGAUAUUUCAGCGCCAGGCCCACAAGAAAGCUCUUAGUUCCUGUGUGAUUGAUAAAGAGGAGGAUGUCGAGCGUCAUUUCAGUCUCGGUGAACUUAAGGAGCUCUUCAAGCUCAAUGAGGACACCAUCAGUGAUACACAUGACAAAUUCAAGUGUAAGAGGUGUGUGAAUAAUAUUGAAACAAAACCUCCCCCUGAGGGGUCGGACUGUAAUUCUGAUAUGUCUCUGUGGAAUCAUUCUACUGACAAGAAAGGACUCAAUGACCUUAUCCUCAAGGGGUCAUGGAAUCCAGCCAUCUCCUUUGUCUUCCAUCAUAAAUCUCACGAGGAACAACGUAAAACUGUAUAAUGACUUAUCUCUAAAAACGGGUUACAUGAUAUAUCAAAAUUUUAGUCAUUAGCGUAAUCUUUUGACUCAUUAAAAUGAAGGUAUAAACUGUGAACUUAGCAGAUGCAUCAUAUGAUGAAUAGCUAAUUUCAAGUGAAGUAUCUUUCUGACUAUUAGCUGUAAUCUUAUUUGAAGACUCUUUCUGUUUAUUGACUUUGAACUUCAGAUGAAGCUGCUUUCUGAAAAAUAACUGUAGCUGAAGCCUUGUUUAUGAUUUUCUUCAAAUGUUUUGAAAAUUGCAUACAACAAUCUCAACUAUUUAGAGAAUAAACCGGUAUACUUUUAUACUGUAAAGCUGUACUCAUGAAUAUUUUGAUGAAUAAGUACAUGUAUUGUUUCUGGUACAUCAGGUUUUUUUUAUCUGAAAUCAUUGUUGAUGCAUUGUACAAGAACUAUCAUUUAGGUUGAAGAUAAAGAUUUUUCUAUAUUCACAAUUGUGUAUGAUUUAUAAGUAAAACCCAGGGUGUCAGGUGUAUGAAUAACGGUUUAGUAGAAAUAGACGGAAGAGUGCAAAUUUUAUUUUCAAAUAUGAUAUUAUGACAUUGCCUGUCUUUGUGGUUGAGAGUAGCUGUGUAAAAUGUUAGUGCAAGAAGUAACUGUUGUUAUAUGAGACCCUCUAUGACACAAAUGAAAUGUGGUAUAUCCUCAAUCAGAUUUUUUACAGCUUCAAACCCAUGUCACUCAAGUUUUUACUUUAUACGGUAUGUACCAUUAAGUUUUCUGUUUAAAUUUGGCACUAAUAUUUCAGGCGUGUCAUAGUAAGUAUGGUAACUGUACAUUUCCCAUAGUAAUGUAGCUAGUCCUGGUUAAACUAGUAGCUAAUUCAACUUGGUAUUGUUAGAUAUAAAUAUCAGAUCAUUUAGGUACUAAACUCUUACAAGUGCUGAAAUAAGGUGCACUCUUAAAGGGACAGCAUCUCCACAGCCAUCACACACUGGUUUUUAAUUCCUCACUUUAGUAGAGGAUGGUAUCUUUAUUGUUUUGUUUUUUUCUCUCCUUUUAAGCUCGCCUCUUGAAGAGAGGGGGAGCUUGUUGUCACCCUGGCAUCAGUAUCAGCAUUAGUGUUGGUCUCUAAAUGUUAAGUUUUUGAUGCAAGUGUUGAAAGGCAUGAUUAAACUCCUUCGUAAGAUAUUUGGUUUGAGGGUUGCUAUCUGGAGUCAGAAUGAAUACUUUUAGGGGGAAAAGUCUUAAGUUUAAAAAAAAAAAAUAUUCUGGACUAGCUAAUCUCAGGAACUGCUGAUGCGAUCCUCACCAAACUUUCAGAGUGUCAAGUGACAGCAGGGGCAUUUAUGUCGUAGACAUUUUCUAGUUUUAUCUUGUCAUUUACUCCAAGAAAAUGGGAUGGUUAGAAUUGUGGUAAAAAGUUUUAAAAAUGACAUCUUUGGUGUCAACAAAACUCAUUUGUUAUGAUAACCGUGUCGGAAGCUUCUCUGUUCCAUUUAUUCAAUGUUAUUUAGGUUAAUUUGGAAUCGAAUCUAAUUUUCAACAAAAAAAGUUACUUAAAAAUAUCAGCUAUUUUGUCAUACAUUUAGACAUGAAGUUUGAAUGAAAAAAGGCAUCUGAUAUACAUGCAGUAGUUUCUUUGGAAUUUAAAUUUUUGUUUGUUUUUUUCCACAGAUUUGUAAGAAUGAUGUAUCACAGUGUCACUCAUUAAAUGAGAAUGGUGUGUAUAUUUGUUGUGUAGAGUGAACAUUUGAACUGUAUGUGUAUUUUUUGAUAUUUGGAAAUUUGACAAAUCACAAAUGAAUAAAUGAUGAUUGAAAUUGG